AUGUUCCUGGUAUUUGAUGCAAGUCAAGCUGCAGUUCCAACGGAUACCCUUCUUCCUGGCCAAUCUAUCUCGGGCAGCGAAAUUUUGGUCUCCGAGAAUGGUGUAUUUGAGUUGGGGUUCUUCUCCCCGUCCCCAGGUGCCAUGAAGCACUACUUGGGCAUACAGUACAAGAACCUGAUAGGCAGCCACCGAGCUAUGUUCUGGCUGGGGAACAGAAUCCCUAUCACCAGCUUCCUCAACACAACCUUGUACCUUGCCGCAGGUGAAUUAUAUAUCGAGGAGCUUGGUUCUGUUCUCUGGACCUCGGGUUCAGCAACAAAUGGAUCAGCCGGUUCUGUGGCGGUUCUCCUUAACACUGGGAAUUUUGUUGUGAGAGAUCAGACCAACCAUUCUAAGGUCAUAUGGCAGAGCUUUGAUCAUCCAGCUGAUGCUCUGCUACCUGGAGCAUGGCUAGGAUUGGACAUGGCCACCGGAGCACACAUCUCACUUACUUUAUCCAAGCCUCCUUACCAUUGCACCCUCGUGAUUGACCAGAGUAGGAAGAUGGGAUUUGUCAUGUCCAUUGAUGGGCAUGACCAUCUUGGUACCUUUCCAGACGGGAUGGUAACAUAG